AUGAACAUACUUGAACCGGAGAAGAUACGCCAACUCAUUCAUUAUUUUGAUAUGCUUGAGCCGAAGCAAAGGGACCAACUCUUCGAAUCCUUUGAAAAACUCGGCCUGAGGAAGACGAGGCAACUCAUUGAUGCAUUUGGUAAGGACACCUUUCCACCCACCCUGCUUCAUGAAGUCAAAAUGACGCCUAUUCUUCUCUCUUUUCCAGGCAUCUUAGAGGAGGAGCAGUUGCUCCAACUAAUUGUUUCUUUUGGCGAUCUGGAGGAAUAUGAAACUUGGAAUCUUCUGCAGAGCUUCAGUAAGGACAUCGUUCGGUCCCCCAUCACAAGGAUUUCCCUGUUGUGUCCUAAUGGAAUCACCUAUUAUCUUCCUUUUUUCCCAGACAAACUCGGGGAGCACAAUACAUGGAACCUCCUUGAAAGUUGCAACAGUAGGUUCAAAAUUGAAGAAAGCAUCAAAGGAAUGGGGGUGGAAACUCAUGCUCGCACCAAAUACCAACGAUGGACAUUAGCAGUAGACCCAAUAUCGGUGCUCCCUCGGCCUGCACUGAAGUGGGCACUUCGUCACGUCCUUCAGCGCCGGUAG